AAAAUUCUAAAUCCCACUCUAUAUAAUAUUCAAGGUACUAUUGAUGAAAAUUUAGAGGAUUUGACAAAUGAAUUAGAAUAUGUGGAUAUAACAAAUAAAGCAGAAGUAAAUUUGGAAUGCAAAGAGUACGGUAAUUCAUAA